AAAGAAGCCCCUGCUUGGUCACCGGGAAACCCCGUGGCUUGGUUGUGUGUCAGUUUGGUUGGACCCGCGGUCGAUGCCGGUGAGGAGGGGGAUGGGCGCCGACGCAAACGUAAGGACCCGAGAAAGAGUCAGAGCCCAGAACACAUAGAGCAGCAUAUACCCUUAAUAAUACCGACUGUAUAUAUACCAAACACUAACAUAAAUGGAUCAGGCAACCGGGACCUAUAACAGACACUCAAUGGAUUAACUGUACCUGACCGGGACAGGGGAUUUAACUUUAUGGCCAUGCGUGGAAGACAUUGAGAAGUUUGUUUCCUACCCCUGGAGAGGGAGCUACUUUUAAAGGCAAGGGAUAUAGGAGACACCGAGGUCGAGCCACGGGCCUGCUGGGCUGGAGCAUUGAUGUUGGAAUACCCGAAGGCUCCUCUGGCUGUUGAUUCGAUUAACGUGUUUGCACUGGUGGGAAUGUCUCUUUAGGUCUCCCCAUGACCGUGAGCCGUGGGCGGCGGCUCAGCGGCUCCCCCCCUCUGGUGUGGACAGUCACUGCAGUUGGGGCCCUGUAACCAACCCCACCCCCUUCCCCCCCCCCCUCCCCUCCCUUCCCCCACUCAUCUCUCCCCCCUCCUCCUCCUCCCCUAACACUUCUUGAAUAUACCUCCUUUUAUUCCCUCCCCUGCCUCCCCCACCCUCCCGCGUGCCGCUGGACGUCAUGAGCAUAGUAAUCGCGCUGGGAGUCACCACACCUGAAACCUCGUACUCCGAUAUGGCUGCUGGAUCCGACCCUGAGUCAGUGGAAGCAAGUCCUGCGGUUAAUGAGAAGAACUACAACAGCCACAGCUGUGGGAGUGCACAGAGCCAUGGGUACCGGGGCCUGCCCUAUACGAUGCAACAGUCUUCCGUUGUGUGUUGUCAGGAUCACAACUAUGGCGCUCCCCCUCCUCCCACCCCACCCGCCUCCCCGCUCUCCCAAACCAUCAUUCCCCGCAUGGAGCUCAACGGCGGCGUGGCUCACGGCCAUGGCUUCCGCCGGCGCGCCGGCACCGAGGACCACUCUGCGGACAGCGACAGCUCGUCCUCUGAGGACCCUGAGAGCUGGUGCCGCUGCACCCUGACCUCCGACGGCCAGCUCAACAAGUGCCACAACUGCAGGGGCGUGUACUGGAGGAAAGCACCCGACGGCCAGCACAGGAAGCCAGAGAAUAUAUCCGUGGGGGAGAGCAGCGCAACGGAGAGCGGAGAUGAGGAAGUGUCUCCGGCCAGCGUGUCGUACACGGCCACGCAGCACACGCCGACCAGCAUCACGCUCACCGUCAACCGCAUCAAGAGGAACAAGUCCAAGAAGAGGAAGAAGAGCACCGAGAAGGCUCGCGGGACGCCCAAGAGCAAGAAGGUCAAGGCCUUCAGAGAGGGUUCUAGAAAGUCCAUGAGGAUGAAGAACUCGACCACAGAGGCCAACGUGUUGGACGAGAACACUGCAGAGGGCUGGGAGACCAAGAUCCGCCAGUGGACGGACCAGUACGACGAGGCCCACGCCAACCAGUAUAGUGCAGACGUCCAGACGCUUCUCGAGUCGCACUGCGGAGCAGAGACAAAGACGGAGAGCGUUGCCACAGCAACCGCACAACAGUCGAAGAUCAACACGACGACGACGGCGACGACCCAUCUCAGUGUUGACGUGGACAGCAUCGACCACACAGAGCCAGCUAGCAACAACGCAGUGUUGAGCUCCCAGAUGCAGCUCCAGCUGGGCCGUGUUACGCGGGUGCAAAAGCACAGGAAGACUUUGAGGGCGUCUAAGAACAUGGACCCUGGCACUCUGAUCAUAGAGUACCGGGGAAAGGUCAUGCUCAAACAACAGUUUGAGGUCAACGGGCACUUUUUCAAGAAACCCUACCCGUUUGUGCUGUUCUACUCCAAGUUCGACCAAGUGGAUAUGUGUGUGGACGCGCGGACUUUUGGCAACGACGCCCGCUUCAUCAGGAGGUCGUGCACGCCUAAUGCCGAGGUUCGGCAUGUGAUGGCAGAAGGAAUGCUGCACCUUUGUAUACACGCCCUCGGGCACAUCACCAAGGAUGCCGAAGUCACCAUCGCAUUCGACUACGAGUUCCACAGCUGCAACUACAAAGUGGACUGCGCCUGCCACAAGGGCAACCAGAGCUGCCCUGUGCAGAAGCACAACCUCCGCCCCAAGGAGGACCCGUCGUGUACCCCCUCUGCCCCUUCUUCACUGACCGGGGCUGAGACCCGACAGCGCAAAGCCCGCAAGAAGGAGCGGGGCGAAGGCCCCGCCACAGGGGCUACCUCCGACGAGGGCAGCCAGCAGCCGGAGGCCGGAGAGCUGCAUGCAGCCAGCGACACAGAGGACGGGCUCCAGGAUGAGAUGAAGCAGGAAGAGGCAGAGGAGGGAGAAGUGGACGAGAAUGGCCUCAUCAGCUCCAGCAAAAAGGCGUUUGACAGCAUGGAGAAACGACGGCGAGCAAUGGGAGCGGAGGACCCUAAGGAGGAGUGUUUGGACCCCGCGGACGGAGCAGUGAACCCCUCUACUGGAAGCACAGCAGCCGUGUGCAUCAGCACCCGACGGGCCACCUACGUUAUGGAACUGCCCCAAAACGAGCCAGAAAAGGCACCGACAUCCUCGGCCCCUGGCCUCGCCGCUCCGACUAAGCCCCCGCCGGCCCGUUCCAGCAAGCCCCGUUCCAAGAGCCGCAUCUCGCGGUACCGCUCCAGUUCUUCGCAGCGCGCCCGCCGCCAGAGGCAGGCCCUGGCCCAGCAGGCCGCCGCCGCCGCCGCCGCCGCUGCCGCCGCCGCCACCGCCACCACGGACCAGACGGCAGUGCCAGAGGAAGAGGGGCUCCACGGACCGUUCAACACAGAGCUCAGUGCGGGGGAGUGCGGCCUGGGGGCCGGCCAUCUCCUGGACCCUGAGGUCUGCCUCAACAGAGGCACCCUGCGCUACCCAAAGACAAAAAAGUACCUGGUGACGGAGUGGCUGAACGACAAAGGACCCACUGGGGAGAAGAUCCAGCCGGACGUUCCCUCGGAUGGGCCGCUGCGCAUCACCACAGACCCCACGGUGCUGGCCACCACCCUCAACAUGCUGCCAGGCCUGUCCCACACCUCCUACAUCUGCACCGCGCCCAAACACUACGUCCGCUUCGGCUCACCCUUCAACCCGGAACGCCACCGCCCGCGGCCGCUGCAAAUGGAUGGCACCUAUGGCUGCUACAAGAAGCGCUGGAUCAAGCAGGCAGAGGACGAGAGCUGCUCAGCCAGCCUGGAGGACGGCUCGGAGUCCACCUCGUCACACCAAAGCACCAGCAGCAGAUCCACGCCCAACCCCACGUCUCACGAGCUCCUGGCCCCCUUUAAGAAGCGCCGGGCCAAGUACGCCGCCGUGCCGCUCCCCAUGCAGCACCUGUCCCGCCCGCUGUCGCCAAUCACACCGCCGCUGCCCGAGGACCCUCUGCACCCCCUGAUGGGUCUGCCCUGUGGCCCACUGCUGCUGCCCAGCAGCCUGGGCUACUCGCCCAUCCCCUCGCUGCCAACCAGCCGCUGCAACACGCCCCUGCAGUUUGAGAACAUAUCGUCCCCAGAGGCCUCUCCCGUACAUCGGCCUGAGUCCAUAUCUCCUGAGCCCUGCUUGCGGAGCGAUGCCGACGGACCGCAACUCCUCUUCCAGGACCUCUCGCUGCCCUCCAGCUCCGGCAGCCCCGCGCCCGCCUCAGAGGACUUUUCUCUCCCCGGGGGGCCCUACGGAAACGAUUCCCAGGGCCUCCCUGCGUCGGGGGGCCUUGCCCCGCCGUCCUGCCCCCCCUCGGACCUUGCCCCCCCGCCUCCGGGCCGCGACCCGGCGUUCAGGACAGAGUUCAACCUCAUAUACACGUGCUCCCCGCUCAACGCCAACCUGGCCACGGUGGGGAACGGCGAGCAGCGCCCCUCCCGGGCUGAGGGCCGCUUCUCCCCGCCGGAGCCUUCCUUUGGGGGCGCAGGCAUCCAGGGCCCCCCUGGAGAGCCAGGCUGCAUGUCCCCCUAUGGCGAGUCUCACUACAGUGCUGGGGACCUCUACAGCGAGAGCAACUACGGUGCUGGGGACCUAGGCGGCACGUCCCCCCACACUGGCCACCAACCAGUGAAGAAGAAGAGGGCCAAUCAGCAUGGCAUUAGUCUGCUGGCAGGAAGGCCCGGUUACCAGGCUAUAGCUGUAAGAAGUCAAUACAAGCCAGUACAGAAUAUGGUGUCUCUGCUGGAGUACCGCAAGAGGAAGCAGGGCAGCGGCCGCGAGCCUGACCCGGGCAGCUCCUCCUCUUCCUCCCUGGCGGUUGUCCUGGGCAACCAACCUGGUUUCCACUACAGCCAGGAUCCCUAUCAUCCUCCGCCUCCUGCCCACCCCCAUCACCACCUCCAGCCCCCCGCGUCCCCGCUGAGCUCCUUCUCCUCCCCUGCCCACGCCUCUUCCUCCUCCACCCCCCACGUAGAGGAGGUCAGCCCUCCGCAGCACAGCCCCAGCCACUGGAUGGUCCCCACCAGUGUGGAGCGGCUCCGGGAGGGCCAAGGGGUGCUGGAGCGUGUGCUGCGGGGUGGCAUGAAGGUGGACCGCAUCCUGAAGAAGACCGACGGUGACAAGGAAGCCGAUGGAUACGAGCCGCAGGGGCCGCGGGGCUCUCCCAGCAGGAGCCCAGCCCGCUACAGUCCCUCCGUGUUCUCCCAGCAGUCGUGUGAGGGCCAGCGGCAGAUGGACAGCCCCUCGUUCCACCAGCAGAGCAGCCCCUCGCCCUUCUCCGGCUCCUACAGUCCGUCGUCGGGCCAGAGCUUCUACUCCCGCCUCUCCCAGGACCACCCCCCUUCGUCCUACCCCGGGCACCACCACCCCUCCUCGUGGUCGGACCCCCUGCCGCCAGGCGGGGCUCUACACCAGCAGAGCAACAGCAGCUGCAGCAGCAGCCACCUGAAAGCCAGCCUGCUGAGCAGCAGCAGCGCGGUGGGGUCAACCACCCCGGGUUCCAGGGGCAGUGGGCAGGCAAAAACUGACCUGGCCUCCCAGGCCUGUAGACUUAUUCAGCAACAGCAGGGGGCGCUGCAGGCGGGCGCCCGGCUGUUGUCGUCGUCCCCCUCAGGGGCCCCACACUACCCACCACGCCACGGGGCCACACCCUCCAUCGCCCAGUUCCAGCACCCGCCGCUGCAGGGCUCUGGCGUACGGACCCAGUCUGGAAGCUUUUAGUGUGUGUGUGUGUGUGUGUGUGUGUGUGUGUGUGUGUGUGUGUGGCUCCUCAGGAAGGUGGUGGGAGGGGUGGAUGUACAGAUCUAAGAGGACUUAUCAUGGCGUUUAUUUUCUUACAGUGUGUGUCAUGUUAAAUGUAUGAUGCGUCCUGCACAGAGCUCCUCACUGACCAGACUGAAAAGGAAUCAGUGCCAAGAGCCAGUUAAAAAAAAAAAAAAAAAAGACCUUUGAAAAAAGAAAUCAGCGUGUAACUUGAAAUCCCCCUCCAGUGUCGUCGUCUCCCCCCCCCCUCCCCCUUCGGGGCGCACGCUACGUUAAGGCCCAAAAAGUGAAAACAAAUCAACAAAAACACAACAAGCUAGAUUCUUGUACAAAGUUGUGAAAGACGGUUCGAGACGUGUUCCUGCUCCUGGAUCACGGCCCCCUGGGUCCUGAGAAGGCUUCUGGGGCUUUGAUUCCCUUCAUUUUUUCUUCAUUAGUGGACUUCUCUUUGAUUUGCCCGCCAGUUUCCCCUACAGUAAAGACGCUGCUUCAUUGGGGGCAGAGGUCAAACGAGGAAAGGAGAUACGAUCAUUCCAUGGGAUCGUCACACAUCUGAAGCCCUUUCCCUCAUGUUCCCUCUGGGUUUCUCACAACCUGAAUGUCGCUUCACUUCAGUGCUUUGUUUCCACUGUAACAUGUUUGUGAACAGAUGCGGAGCCCUCCCCCUCUGUCAUCUCGGUGCUGCAGCCUUGUUAGUGUUGGGUUUGAGUGUCCCGUUCUUUGGUGUGUUUUAUUUUCUCCAGUGAUGGAGGCUCGACCCUUUCACAGUUGUUCUUCCCGCCAAAUCGUGUACUGUUCAUAACAGCCCUAUUCUAUGUUGGAAUGCAGGCGCAAAUGAGAAUCUGACCUUAUUUCUUUAACUAUUUUGUUGGGUUUAUCUCAUUGUAUUUCUUUGAAUCCUUUUGGAUUUUUUACAUAUAAAUAUGAUUUCUUUUUUUUUUUAAACAAGAAAUUAUCCUUUCUGACAGUUCUGUGCAUUCCGUAUACCAACAAAGAGAUGCGGAUGAGUUCUCUGGGAUGGUUUGGAUUUUUUAUAUAUAUAUAUAUAUAUAUAUAUAUAUAUAUAUAUAUGAAAAAAAUGCUGCUGUGGUCUCGUUUUUACGCAAGAGCUGCUUCAUCACGUUUUUCCGUUUCCAGGAAAUGCUGUAAUCAGUUUCAUGUUUUCUACAAGUGUCCCCCACCUGGGUCGAAGGUCAUUGAAGACCUCACCCCCACCUGGGUCCUGGGUGUAAAGACAGUUGGAAGACCACUCCCCUAUCAGGGUCCUGGGUUAGAAAACCGUUGAAGACGUUGUUUUCUGUGUGUUCUCUGUUCCCCGACCUCACAAGAACGAGAAACCUUCAGUACAUCCGCUGUGGACCGGAUCUUCUACAGGUUUAACAUUUGAUGGGCCAACAGCGCACACAAACACACUGGGUCGGCCUUAGAGGCACACACACCAGACCUCCCCCAUCCCUCCACUCAGACCCUCAGACCCAUGGAUACUGAAUGUUGGACAAAGUGAUCUGACCCAAAAUUAACCAGCACCUUAAACUGAAUCAGACACCAUACAACCGGUGUGUAUGAAUACAUGUACUACUUUGUAAAGAGAACUGUAGGGACUGGGGGGUGACUGGUACACUUAUUGUGAAAUGCAUGAUCUAUUUGUUUUAGGGUCCAAGUUGCGCUGUGGUGGAAAUUCAUUACCUGGACUUGUUCUUCUCGCCGGUUUCUGGACAUCCCCCAGAGGAACGAAGUAAACAGCGCUGCAUUAUGGUGUUCAUGGACACUUAUUCAAGCCUUCUUUUCCCGUUGGUUUCUUUGCAGAGCGUUAACCCCCCCCCCACACACACACACAAACACACACACCCAUCCCUUCUGAAGAGUACAGGAGCAAAAGAGAUGUAAUGCAUUUUGAUAAUAAAAUACUUAUGAUGGGAAAUGUAUUUUGGAAAGAAAA